AUGGCGGCCUACGAGGAGGCGCUGGCCAGGGCGGUGGACACCCUGCGCAGGUCGAGCAACGUGAUGGUGCUGAGCGGGGCCGGGAUGUCGACCGCGGCGGGCAUCCCCGACUUCCGCUCCCCCGGUGGGCUGUACGGCACGUCCGAGCGGUUGCUGGACCGCUUCACGUACCUGGGGGACCCAGCUGCGGUCGCGCGGCAGAAGCGCGCCCUGGAGGGUGACAUCAAGAGCGCGCUGACGCUUGCCUUGUUCCGGGAGAACCCGCUCCCGUACCACGAGAUGCGCCGUGGGUUCAUCCUGGGCCUUGGCGCGGGGCAGUGGAAGUGCAGCCUCGGGCACGUGUUCCCGGCGAUACUGGCCGCCAACGGUAAGCUGCGCAUGCUCGCCUCCCAGAACAUUCGGGGGCCUCUGAAGGUCAUCUCUGACAAGAGCAAGCUGUAUAACCCACACGGGCUGAUGUCGGCGCUGGUCUCGGAGCCCCUGGAGCACCGGGGAGGUGGGCAUGAAGACAUCACGCUGUGCAUGGACCCUGCAGACCCGCUGUACCAGAAGUACGUCGAGCUGGUGAAGACGUCGAUCAAGGACAUCUACCACGACCGGCCGCUCCGCCAGGGCAGGUCCAGCCACCUCUGGCCGGGCCCAGAGGAGUCGACGCCGAUCACGCUG